UGAGACAAGACGACAUCAGUCCAGGAGUGUAGGAGCUGCAGGAGAAACGUGUUGAUGUGAAGCGACAGAAGACAGCAGCGGAGAACAUUAAACCCACUCAGGAGAUUAGUGUCUAUGCCACGGCAGCACGGCAACAGUGUCCGACUGUGUAAACUUGUGUAGUUUGUCUCUGGCAGAGGUUUCCCACAGCCUGAGCUGGUCACAGUGGAUGGUCAGCAGGUCUCAGAGCAGUUCCACCGGGCUGCAGACAAAAUGCCAGGCGAUGGAUUCACGAUUAAAAAUCGCAUCAGGAAUUUACUGCGUUCUCCAUCAGCCAAGUACAACAAGAAAGAAAAUCUCACCAGCAAGGUGACUUUGGAAAAGGUGCUAGGAAUCACGGCUUCAGGAAAUAGUGGUCUGGCCUGUGACCCCCGAUCUGGACUAGUGGCCUAUCCUGCAGGGUGUGUGGUCGUCUUGCUGAACCCCAAGAAGAACAGACAGCAUCACAUUAUCACUUCAAAAAAGGCCAUCACGGCUCUGUCCUUCUCCCCCGAUGGCAAAUACUUGGUCACAGGAGAGAGCGGUCACCUUCCUGCGGUCAGACUGUGGGAUGUGGCAGAACGAAGACAGGUGGCGGAGCUCCAGACGCACAAAUAUGGCGUCUCCUGCGUGGCUUUCUCUCCCAACAGCAAAUACAUUGUCAGUGUGGGAAACCAGCAUGACAUGAUCGUCAACGUCUGGGCGUGGAAAAAAGAUGUAAUAGUGGCAGCCAACAAGGUGUCCAGUAAGGUGACAGGUGUGUCUUUCUCUGAGGACAGCUCCUACUUUGUAACUGUGGGGAACAGACACAUCAAGUUCUGGUAUCUGGACCACUGCAAGGCAAACAAGGCCAGUGCUCCUGUUCCUCUGCUGGGUCGCUCUGGGCUGCUGGGAGAGCUGAGGAACAACUUCUUCUGUGAUGUGGCCUGUGGACGGGGCUCUACUUCUGACUCCACCUUCUGCAUCACCUCCUCUGGCCUGCUGUGCGAGUUUAACAGCAAGAGGAUGCUGGACAAGUGGGUGGACCUACAGACGGGCGUGGCUCAGUCUCUGAGUCUGUCUGAGGAUAUGAUCUUCUGUGGCUGUGCUGAUGGGACAGUGCGAGCCUUCAGUCCGGUUGACCUGCACUUUGUCUGCACGCUACCGCGGCCGCACCCUCUUGGCUCUGACGUCUCGGCCGUCACUGAGGCCAGCCACCUAUUUUCCACCAAGAUGGACGCCCGUUACCCAGACGCCAUUGCCGUUACCUACGACCCCAUCAGCCACUGGCUCAGCUGUGUAUAUAAUGACCACAGUCUGUAUGUGUGGGAUGUGAAGGAUGUCAACAGGGUGGGGAAGGUGCACUCUGCCCUCUUCCAUGCUGCUUGUGUCGGGGACCUGGAGAUGUUCCCAGAUGUUCCUGGGGUAGCUGGUGCUGGUCUGUCAUCAGGUGCAUUCCUUAGUUGCUCAGCCGAUAACACAAUCAGACUGUGGCACGUGGACGACUGGGCACACUCUCAGAACAUCCUCAGCAGAGAUCUCCUGAAUAUAAUCUACAUAGAUGGAAACACUAACACUUUGGUGGAUCCAGAAUGUACAACAAAUGCCAACGUAGACAAACCAGGGGAUGGACAGACAGCAGAAAGCAGGACGGGCAUCAGGACCAUCUGUGUUAGCCCAGACGGCAAACACCUGGCAUCUGGAGAUCGCAACGGGAUGUUGAGGGUUCACGACCUCAGCAGCAUGGAGGAGAUUCUAAAAGUCGAGGCCCAUGAUGCUGAGAUCCUCUGUCUUGAAUACAGCAAACCAGAAACUGGCCUGAAGCUGCUGGCCACAUCUAGCAGGGACCGUCUGAUCCAUGUCUUGGAUGCUGAGGAUGACUACAGUCUGCUGCAGACACUCGACGAGCACUCUUCAUCCAUAACAGCCGUCCGCUUUGCUGCCAAUGACAACAAGGUGAGGAUGAUCAGCUGUGGGGCGGACAAAAGCAUCUAUUUCCACACUGCACACAAGACUGACAGAGGAACAGAGUUCAGGCGUUCCCACCACAUGGUGAGGAAGACCACACUGUACGACAUGAGUAUAGACCCCACCUGCAAGUACGCUGCUGUUGGCUGUCAGGAUCGCUGCAUCAGGAUUUUCAACAUCAGCAGUGGCAAACAAAAGAAACUCUUCAAGGGAUCACUGAGUGAGGAUGGCAGUCUGCUCAGGGUUCAGCUUGAUCCGUCGGGUCAAUACGUGGCCACAAGCUGCUCCGAUAAAAACAUCAGCAUCUUUGACUUCUACACUGGGGAGUGUGUCGCCACAAUGUUCGGACACUCCGAGAUUGUCACUGGGAUGAAGUUUACCAACGACUGCAAGCAUUUGAUCUCUGUGUCAGGAGACAGCUGUAUCUUUGUGUGGCGACUGGCUCCAGAGCUGACAAUCAGCAUGAGAGAGAGGCUCUGCCAGCUCCGACAAAAUCCAAACACACAACCCAGCAGGACCUCUAGUCUCAGACGAGAGGUGUAUAGCGCUCCCGCUCUGGGUUGUCUGUCAUCAGACAGUGACCGUGAGCCUGAAGAGGAGGACGGAGCAGAGUACGACGACCACAACGACCCAGAAGACAUCACAACCAAUACGUCAACCGACAGCAGCCAUGGAGAGGAGGACACAGGUGGCUCAGAUGAAGGACAAGACUGGGAGCUGACAAAGCACGGAGUCGUCGGCCAGGUCGCUCCUGACUCCUCUAAGCGCCCUCGGAGGCGCUGGUCUCAUCGCAUGGGCUCUCUGGAGGUGAUGGUUAAGUCCAUGCUGGACCUGAGGCAACUGGAGACCUUUGCUCACAAGAAAACCCCCAACUUCCCACCUCAUGACAGAGAGAGACAGAGCACGUCCAGCCUCCAGGAGCCCAUGCUGCAGUUGGAGGAGAGAGCCAAGAGGCAUCGGCCCUGGACGCACACUGACUGGCUGUCCUCGCACCCGUCCAAGGGCAUCAGGGGGACUGAUGGAGCUGUGCUUUACCCUGAAGAGAAUGAGGGCGAUCUGAGUCUACAGGGCAGUGAUUACAUGGUGAAGGAACAGCACUGCAGGAUGCAAGGGCGAGGGAUCCGCAGUGAGAGCCAGGAGAGCCGCAGCGCGGACAGUGCCUGCUCUCUGGGCUACGACAGCAGGGAGUCAAGCCCGGAUCGUGUCCUGGAUGAUGCUGCAGAUGUAGAGUCUCUGGGCCCAGACAGUUCUGAUGAGGAGAAUGAAGAGAGGGAGGAAGAUGAGAAAAGGGCAGAAGUGACAAGUAUGGAUGAGGCUCUGAGGACGGUGACUGGCACUGUUGAUCGCUGUCAAGAAGAUUUCCUCAAGCAGAACUUUGAGACACUGGCAGAGAGCUGCAACAGGGCUGAGCAAAGCAGAGUCCCUAGGCUCAGUAUGUCUUCACGCUUCCUGGCCAGAGGACAUAAUAACAGUGCAUUGCCUCCAUUUGCCAGACUGCAUGGAAAGGAACCAGGUAUCCACACUACUAAGCCCCCUGUGUCAAAAGUACGACCCUUGAGGGAUGAUCCUGUGUCCCCAGGCGGGAGCGAGGGACCCAGCAGGGUAGAUGCUCCAGAGAAAGACUGUACUCCUACCCUUAGACUCCCGAAGAAAAGGGCUUCAGGGUGGUUCUUCAACCCUCCAUCGAAAGCAACGCUGCAGUUGGACAGAGCGACGUGUUUACAGAAAUCACACUCUGCCCACAACCUGGCCUCAGAUGCUCCUCACUCACCUGUGCCCUCUAGUGACCGAAGGGAGUUGUGCAAGAGAUCUCAGCAACUUUUCCUGGCUCAUGACACACCCAGGCCGACCUUCCACUUUUCUUCUCCUUCCUCUGGCUCCCCACAGUCCCCCCGGUCUCCCUUGCCCUGGGGGAGCCCCAAACUCAAACCCCAGCAUUCCUAUAUGAACCCCACCGCCAGCUUCAUGGCCAAAAGGAAUCGCUCAUCAUCGCUCGCAGAGGGCAUCCAUAUGGGCUCUCCACCUUCCUCCCCUCCCAAAACAAGGAAGUCAUGUGGGGAGCUGGAGUUCGACCCUCCCCUGCUCACCUCGUCUCCUGUUGACGCUUUCCCCUCUGCUGUCUCACCAGCGUCAUCCUUCUUAUCAUUCCCUCUGUCAAACAGUCCCCCCACAACUCCUCCCCAUCAUAGAGCUACAGUUUCACCCACUCCUGCCCAGAACAUCCCGCCCUCUCGUAUCCCGCUCCCUAAACAGCCUCUUAGCCCUCGCCGCAACCUCUACCUGGAGACGGUGCUGAGCUCAAGUUGCUCUGGAAGCCCAACAAGGGCUUCUUCUCCGACCACAUCCUACAACUCUGGAUGUGAUGUUACACCUUCUCCAGGAAGUCAAGCUUCGGUCAAGCAUCUGUCUGUAAAUUUGGAUCCUUCUCUGACAAGUUUACUACCAUUGAGGCAGAAGAGACGCUCAGUUUCAGAGAGGGCCAAGGAGCCAGGACAAGCGGCUGUAGCCAAAGAGUGCCCUCUGGUGCCUGAACAGGCCCACAUAUCCAGUGCUGGUCCACAAUCAGAUCACUCUAUCACCUUGGAAACUUGUAGGCAGGCUGUUACUGAGCUUCACAAAAGUCUAAGGAAAACCAUCAUGCUCUACACUACGGUGCUUCAGUCCGAUCAACACUCCAGUGAAGAUCAGCAAGAAAUGAGGAGCAUCCUAUCCGAGACCCUGUUGACAGUCAAGGCUGAGCUGGACUCUCUGCCACAACCCACCUCACAGUGUGAAGGGCCCCGAGUGGACCAAAAGGUCAAAGGUGAAGGAGAGAAGACCCUGGCUCUGCUAGAGCAGUACGCCGAGCUGCUGCUCAAGUCUGUGGAGAGGAGGUUGGAUACCAAGACAUGAGAAGAUGGACUGAUGUCUGCUGUGUGUAUGCACUGUAUAGGUGCAAGUGCCAGACACAUGCACACAUGGAAGCACUGUUAACUGCACAUUUGUUAUUUGCACAAAAUCUUGCUCAGAAUCUUUAUUUGUGGGUUGAAUGCAGAUGAGUCAUCAUUAUAUUUGGAGAAUCUGAGAGAAAUGAAUGUUGAGUUGAUGUUAAUUAUGCACUGGAAAUAAGAAAGAGUUAAAAAGGUUGCCUUAUUUUUCAAGUUGCCAUAGCUCUUCUUUUGUCUUCUACUUUUAUUAAAAUCAAAUCUCAUAAGCAUGAGUAAUAAUGAUGAGGUUACAUGAAGAGCUCAGGUAGUCAAAAGAUGUAGUUGGCUAAAAUCUUUACUUAGGUGACAAUAUUCAUCCUGUGCUACGGACACUGCUGUGCUGAAGAUGAUUAUGUCACUGUAAGGUUAAAAAGUCAAAAGGCUCAUUAUCAUGCCCUAGAGGCUGCAGGAUGGUUCAUUAUUCCAAACUCUAAAAAUGAAAAGACAGAAUAAACUAUUUAUUUUUUAUAAUAAAAAUCAAUAAAAUGUAAAAAAUUCUCCCAGAGGGUGGUGUUGGAACAAGUAACAUGGGUCUAAUCUAAAAGGUUAAUGCUCUUGGUUGAUAAAUGUGCUCAAAUUAGGAGACUAGGACACUAUGUAGGACACUUUAUAUUCUGGCCAACUGUAUAGCAAAUUCAUAAAGUGCCCAAAGAAAUAAAUGGUUUAUCCUCUAGGGAACAUGAAAUUUCUAUUUCAGAGUCUUUGUAAAAUGAAAUGCUUGUUUCUGAUGGUGAUAGCCUUCCACUGAAUAUGCAAAACAAUGUUCAAUCUCACAGGUGAAUUUUCCUUGGCCUGACUGCUAAUGGGGUCUUAAUAGAGACACCAACUUGCCAGUGGUGUCUCCCAAAUUUCACAGGACUGUAGCUUUAGAGCAGUCUUCACUGCUUAUGUAUUAUCAUAACUAGUCUGUAAGUCUGUGUUCCUUAUGUAAAUUUGUGCAUGUUUCUGUAGUGCUGAUUUUCUCUGAAAGAGAUUUUUCUGUUACUGUCCUACAGUUUUAAACUGUUGCACUGUUCUACUUUAAGCUCUCUUAAAUAAACAAUCAAAAACAUUG